GCUCAAGGCAUCAAUCAAUUCCCGUCACCGAGCGAAGAUGCAACUCAAUCUUGGAGCGAUUCUGCUGGCCCUGCUGGGAGUGGUGGCCACCAUGGCUCCCUCGGUGCUGUCGGAACCACGUCGUCAUCAGGGUCCCAUUUUCGACACGAGGCCGUCGCCCUUCAACCCCAACCAACCCAGGCCGGGCGGAGUCUAUUGAGGAGUCCGAUGGCAGUCCUGAUGUCGUUAACACAUUGCCCAAGUUAAUGCAAUUAAAGCGGAACUGAACAUCAAA